CAACCAACAUGAGCUCACUCAUUGAACAGCACAGGACAUAGAACAGAACAUCAUGGCCAGCCCCAGCCCCAGCCCCUUCCAAACCGCCCUCACCCACCCACCCUCACUCGCCGUCAUAGGCGACGUCUGUCUCGACGAGUACCUCUCAGGACAAGUCACACGAUUUGCCCCAGACCGCCCCAUCCCCGUCAUCAAAACCACAGGGCGCACCUUGCAUCCCGGAGGCGCCGCCAACGUCGCCGCCAAUAUCGCCCACCUCACCACGGGCACCGUCAGUCUCUUUUCCGCCGUCGGCGACGACACCGCCGGCCAAGCCCUCCUCAACCUCCUCUCCUCCUCCUCCUCCUCCUCUCAACCAAACCUCACUGGUAAAAUCACAACCCACAUCCGCCUUGUGCCGGGUCGUCAAACACCGCACAAAACCCGCGUCGUCGCCCAGGGGGAGCACUACCUCCUGCGCAUCGACAGCGAGUCGACUGAGGAUCUUCCCGAGGCGAGUGGGGAGGCUAUUGUGGGGGAUUUGAGAAGCUAUCUUGCCAAUGGCACGGGUAUGGGUACUAGGGGAGAGGGAGAGGGAGUUCAGGGUAUUGUUUGCUCGGACUACGCCAAGGGUACGCUGUCGCCGAAUGUGCUAAGGGGUGUGAUGCAAGCGGGGAGGGAGUGGGGGGUUCCGGUGCUGGUGGAUGCUAAGCCUCAGCUUCAGGGUUGUCAGGGGGGUGAUGUGAACAGGUAUAAGGGGGCGAGUGUGGUGAAGGUGAAUUUGGCGGAGUUGUAUGCUCUUGCGCAGCGCCAGCCAGGGAUGGUGAUGGGUGAUGUUGGUAACGGUAACCGGUCGGAGAUUGAGGAGAUGAGGUUGAGAGCCGCGGCGAGGGAUGUUUUGAUGGCGACCGGUGCGGAGGUUGUAAUUGUGACGAUGGGUGAGGAUGGCGCGAGGGUGGUUCAAUGGUCCGGACAUGAACAAGAACAAGACGGCGAGGAGAGCAACGUGAUGGACGUCUCGUGCCAUAAAGUCGAGGCGUAUAAGCCGCGGCAGCCUUCAGGCUCAGCUGGAGGGGUGAUGGCCACUGAUGCCAACGGCGCAGGCGACACCUUCCUGGCCGCCUUUGCGCUGGCCUUCUGCAGCGGCGCGGCACCCGCCGAGGCGGCCCGUUUCGGUUCCACCGCUGCCGGCAUCGCCGUGACGAAAUCACGGACGGCUGUGGUGAAGCGGGUUGAGAUGGAACGCGCGAUUUUGGCAUUGGCAGAGGAAGAAACCACACAUAAUUCUUCGAGGGGAGCUGCUGGUGCCGGGGUCAAAAUCGUCGCGCUUGACAUCCUCUGCCAGGCAUUCCUCCCCCCUCCUCGGAGCGUUGGAGCCAAAGUGGUGUUCACCAACGGGUGCUUUGACCUGCUCCAUGCCGGACACAUCAAGUCUCUAGAGGGCGCAAAGCAGCUCGGCGAUGUGCUCGUCGUUGGGCUAAAUUCGGACGAGUCGGUGACGAGGUUGAAGGGGCCGGGAAGGCCUGUCGUGGGUGAGGACCAACGGGCACUGUGUCUUGCAGCGUUGGGCUGUGUGGAUUUUGUGGUUGUGUUCGGUGAGGACACGCCCCUGAAGCUCAUUCAGGAGAUCCGCCCGGACGUGUUGGUCAAGGGAGCCGAUUAUGGAAAGUCCAACGUGGUUGGCGCCGGGUUGGUCGAGUCUUAUGGAGGCAGGGUCGAGCUGCUGCCGCUUGUGAAAGGGGUUUCGACAACCGAGACGUUGGACAGAAUCAUGAAUAGAGUGAUACAUGAUCACUCCGGUUAAUGGCGUCAAUACAACUUGAACUCUCAAGUAAACUGAAGCCAAUCACUCUCUCGUCUGGUUUUGAUGAUGAUGGAUGGGUACUGUCAGCAGUCAGCCCGUUUGAAGUGAAUAUCUAAUUGUUGGGGUAGAAGACCUUACGUUGGGUAGGUACCAGAGUCAAGGGUAAUGAAGAGGUUUUGUGGGCCAUUAUCACGAUGUUCAGGACUGGA